AUGUCUCAAUCGUCAAUUUCAGUCUUUCAUUCCUGUAUACCAACAAAUGUUAAUAUAUUUAGAAACGAGAAAUUACAGGCCAUUGUUCGGAUACCGGAUAAAAUAAAGAGCUUUUCAAUAACACCAAGCAAUGACUCUGAAGCAGAGGGGUGGAUCUUAGUUCUAGGGUCAGUCUCAGGACAAAUUUACAGAACAAGUUUUUCAGAGUUCAAGACACAGUAUGAGCAAGCACAGGUUGAUUUCCAGACUUCUUUAGAAAACCAGCAAAUCUUCACUGACCUGUUAGAUGCCUCCUCUCCAGUUUGUGAAGCCACUGAGAGACCAGCUGCUGUCAGCCCUGAUACUUUUGUUUAUACUUUAACACCAUCCCAUAUCAUUCUGUCCUUGAGGUGUCCAGUUCUAGAUGUCUGCCAAUCUUUGGGGUUCAUUUUUACAGUCACAGAGGAUGACAACUGUGUUAAAGUGCACUCAUACCCUAGUGAUGUAAGUCAUAGUUUGGCUGAGUCUCUCACAGAAAACAUCCUAGAAGUACGAGGACACAUGAAAAGUUCCAGCUGUAAGCUAUUUGUUUUGACAUGUGAUUUGAUUAAUCAUUCAGAUAGAAGAAGAAGCAGUUCCACUCUACAUAUUUCAUGUGAACUUUUUAAAAGUAUUUGUGGUGAGGUAGUACCACUAUGCAAUUCCCCAAUUUUACUCCUGACAUUAGGGGAGGGAUCAGUUUAUUACAGUCCCAUAAAGACCAACAUCUUAUCCUCACAAUUCUCACCUUUCAUGCUCUUAUACCCAACCAGUAAACCUGUGUUAAGAAUUCAAUCAGGUAAUUUGACGUUCAGAGAAAUGAACAGACCAGAUUCCGAUACACGUAUAGACCAAAAAGUUAUAAACUGUCUAGUGAUGUGUUCCUCAAAUGGAGACUGUGCUGUUCUGACACACAAUGAAAAGUUUGGAGCAGCCUUUGUUCAAUUUUCUGUUCCUUGUUCUGUAGUGGAUUUUAGGAUUACUGGACGUAAACUGUACAUUAGCAGUGGUGAAGAUCUCUAUGUAGCGGAUGUUGUGGUCUCUGAUAGUAAUGACAAGUGUGAAGUGGAAGUGCAAAAAAUGUUGAGCUUGAAAUUUGCCUGUGCAAAGGAGAUCCAUUGUGUACCUGAUUGCUCUGCUGUUGAAGAGGUUGCUUCUCACGUAUUAUGCAGAACAAAAUUAGGAAGAGUAUCUGUGAUAGAUGUCAACGUACGAAUAAAACAAAACACUGUCAACAGAGCAACAAAACAGGGUCAGCAUAUCAAGGAACUCCUCACUGCUAUUGAAAACUGUCACCUGCAAACCCAGACACUAGUCACCAAGGAAGAAAGACAACAAGAAUUCAUCUCCCAACUAAAUAUAGCCUCACAUCUCAUAAGAUACAAAGGACUGCUCAAGUGUGAGUGUGCUGUACUGCAGCAAGUCAGGGGUAGUGAAUUCUUUUUAUCUUGUAAAGUGACCAAUGAGAGUGGUUUAAAGUUGUCAUGUGACUGGAGCUUGCUUGUGGAUGUUCAUCAGUCUAAUCCAAACAAAACAACUUCUGCAAAUGAAAGGUUAGACAGAGGUGUUAGACAUAGUGACAGUGUACUCAUUCAAGUUAAUCUGCCAUCUCAAAACACAAACAAUCAUUACCAUGUUACACUAACUCUUUGUCUCCAUUUUCCAAAUGACCUUGAAAGUUUACCAGAAGAGAAAAGUAGCUUAUUGUUACCAAUCUUGGUUCAUCAAGAAAUACUUGACAUCCUCAAUUUUCUUUAUGAUGAAAAAUGUCUGUAUCAGAAAACUUGCCAGACAAGGUUAACGUUGCAUGCUUCAAUUAUGAAGAUGGCAUUAAGUCGCCCCUCAGCAAAUACAAUGCAAACCAAAUGCACAGCAAGAAUGGAGGAAGAUCAGUUAUCUGAAGUACAUCUUCUUGUACCUGCUGCUCUACUGAAAAAUCCUGAAAUCUCAGCUUAUGGCCAAGAUGUGGAAGGCGUUUUGAAGUUUUUAACUCAAAAUUGUCAACACCAAGUAGAUGUUUUGAACCAAGAAGCAAGAUUAGUGGAUCCAUCAGGAGAGCUAGUGAGAUUAUCUGUGGAGAUUUUGGACACUGGAGUAGAUGGGCCAUCACUGAAAAUCACCAUCUCUACAAGACCAAUCGCUUUAGCAGCUGCAGUCAGAGAAGCAGCCUCUAGACGUAUACAGAAUGCAGGGAAGAAUGAAAACUCCAAAGAAUGCUUACUGAAGGGUACUUUGCCAUCCCUUGAUAUUCCUAGUGUCUCUUCAUCUUCCAUGACAAAGAAGGAUCUUAUUGAAAUGUACAGACAAUUACGAUGUGUAUCUAGUAAUUAAAGAAAAGAGAAA